AUGCGCUUCACACUCUCCAGCAUGGCAGGCCUUCUCGGUCUCGCCUCCGCCCAAGGCCUUCGAUCAUCUGCCUACACCGAUCCGAAGACGGGCAUUGACUUUCAACGCUUCGUCGACGAUGGCUACAGUCUUGGUAUUGCCGUCCCCGAAACUCUGGGUAAGGAUCUCAUUGCGCAGAUGGUGUUCCCUCGUGAGAAGGAGGGUUGGGGUGGUAUUUCGUUCAGAGGCGGUAUGGUUGGCGGUAUGCUCUUUGUAGCGUGGCCAAACGGUGAUGAUAUUGUUACGAGCUUUCGUAUGGCGAACUCGUACGCCAACCCGGAUGUUUACACCAACUCUACUGUUAAGGCUACGCCUAUUCCUGAGGGUACUUUUGUCAACAGCACCCAUAUGUCGUAUACUUUCCUCUGUGAGGGGUGUGUUGUUAAGGAGACUACUUCGUUGACUGGCGAGUCUCCUGUUGUGGGAUAUGCGUGGUCGUCUAUUGAUGUUGAUACCCCCUCUGAUCCUGAGAGUGCUCUGAACUACCAUGGCGCCGGCUUUGGACAGUUCGGUCUUGAUAUCAAGAAGGCUGCUUCUGCCAAGUACGCUACCUGGGCUGCUAUGGCGAAGGAGACUACUCCUGCUCCUGGAACAGGCACACCAGUUCCUGGAAACUCCACCACUCUUCCUCCCACUACCUCCAACGUUACCUACGAUGUCAUCGUCGUCGGUGGUGGCCCCGCUGGUAUCAUCGCGGCUGAGCGACUCGCCGAGAAGGGCGCCAGUGUUCUUCUCAUCGAGCGCGGCCCAGCCAACACCGUCGCUCUCGGCAACGCUGCCCAAGCCCUCCCAUGGAACAACACCCUCACUCCCUACGACAUCCCCGCUCUCGGCAGCAGCAUGACCAGCAUGUCUGGCACAAAGUUCUGCAGCGACACCGCCUCUACCGCUGGCUGUCUCCUCGGCGGAUCAAGCUCCAUCAACGGCCUCAACUUCAUCCACCCUCCUGAGCGCGAUUUCCAACGCUGGCCUAAGGGCUGGGGCUGGUCUGACGUCUCCAAGGCCGCUGAUCGUCUGUACGAGCGUAACCCUGGUACUACUUUACCCUCUGAUGAUGGAAAGUACUACGAUGAUCGGACUUACACUAUCCUGUCGGGAUACUUGAGCGCCAAGGGCUGGAAGGAGGUUGACUCUAUUGAGGAGCCUAACGAGAAGCACCUUGUGUACUCUCGCCCUUCGUGGUCUAUCAAGAACAACAUGCGUGCUGGUCCUGCUCGCACUUACAUGCCCUUCGCCAAGAACCUCCCCAACUUUACUCUCAAGCUCGAGACAAAGGUUAUCCAGCCCAUUCGAAGCGGCAGUAAGAUCACUGGUGUUCUCACCCAAGGUGCAAACGGUAGCAAGCAGAUCAUCAAUGUCAAGGCUGGCGGUAAAGUCGUCCUCGCAGCUGGUGCCAUGUCCACUCCCCGUCUUCUCUGGAACGCUGGUAUCGGAAAGUCUGACGCUCUCGCUAUUGUGAAGCAGGGUGCUUCCAAGACUGGCGUGACUCUCCCCGCUGCCUCUGACUUUAUUGACCUCCCUGUUGGACACCAUCUCCAGGACCACGCUCAGGUCAUGCUUCAGUUCAAGACAAAGAGCAACUUUACCGCUUACAAGUUCAACAACAUCGCUACAGAGCCCGUCAAGUCUGACUUGGAGCUUUACUACCAGGGCUCUGGCCCCAUUACCCAGGCUGCUCAGCGCAUGCACAUCUGGACAUCUGCCAAGGGCGCUGAUGGCCGCGUUCGAUAUCUUCAGGGUACUGCUAGUGCCAUGGCCGACGGCAUCAUCACUGUCCGCACAUUCUUGACCCAUGGCACCAGCACCGUCGGCGAGCUUGGUAUCACUGCUGGUGGAAACACCGUCCUCAACACCAAGCCUUGGUUGAUCGACCAGGAGGAUCGCAAGGCAAUGGCUGACUUUGUUCAGUACUGGCUUGACCUCACCAGCGGCAGCAACUCUACCCUCUCCUACAUCACCCCUGGUGCUACCGUUGAUGACAUCCUUGCUACCAAGAUGAUCAGCGGCGAUCACUGGAUGGGCAGCGCCAAGAUGGGCGUCGACGACGGCCGCAAGGCCAACGGUAGCGCUGUCGUCGAUCUCAACACCAAGGUCUACGGCACCGACAACCUCUUCGUCGUCGACGCUUCCAUGCAUCCUGAUCUUCCCACCGGCAACACUCAGGCCAUCAUCAUGGUCGCCGCUGAGCACGCAGCCGAGAAGAUUGCCGCUCUCAAGGUCGGCGGUAGCAACUCUACUGCCCCUGAGCCCAUUAACUCUGCUCCCACGCCCGUUCCUACUCCUGGAUCCAAGUGCAAGCGAGGUCUUCGUCGUCGUGCUGCUCGUGUUCCCAUGGACUUUCGACGACGAUCGCUCUACUAA